AGCGCGCAUUGGCCGUGGCAGCGCGAGGCGGGCCCGGGGCAUUGUCCGGCUCCGGUGGCGGCGGCGGUCGGUGCUGCAAGAGCUGCGGCGGCGGCGCGGCGGCAGUGGGAGGGCGCGCGGCCGAGCGGAGGCAGAGUCGGCGCCGAUACCAUGUUUCCUGUGGGCCGCAUCCACAGACACUUGAAGACUCGCACCACAAGCCACGGAAGGGUGGGUGCCACUGCUGCCGUGUACAGUGCUGCAAUUCUGGAGUACCUCACUGCUGAGGUGCUGGAGCUGGCAGGUAAUGCUUCCAAGGAUCUCAAAGUAAAGCGUAUCACUCCACGUCACUUGCAGCUUGCAAUCCGUGGUGAUGAAGAGUUGGAUUCUCUUAUCAAGGCUACCAUAGCUGGCGGUGGUGUGAUCCCUCACAUCCACAAAUCUCUGAUUGGAAAGAAAGGACAGCAGAAAACUGCUUAGAGGGUUGUUUUAACCAACCCUCUUCCUCCCCGUCAUUGUACUGUAACUGAAACAGAAGAAAUAAUGGGGAUAUAUGAAAUUUUUAAAAACAGUUAAAUGGAAAAGCAUAGACAAUUACUGUAGACAUGAUAAAAGAAACAUUUGUACGUUCUUAGACUCGAAGUUUGAUAAAAGUACCUUUUCAUGUGGUGACAGUUGUGUGUUGAUUGGCUAGCCUUCCUCCCAUGUGUUUUAUACAAAAAUGGAAUUGAUAAACCAUUUUUUACAAAAUUAA